GCAAGUGUCUCUGUCACUCUAAUUACGUUUUAAUUUGAGGGAAAGAGAAAUAUGUAAUUUAUUUAUUUAAAGAAAUUAGUAUAAAUAAUUGGUGUUGGGACGAAAACAUCAGUCUUUGUUCAGUCAUCAGCUGUUGGGAAGACAACUAGAAAAAUGUUCACUAAAGUGAUCCUCAUCUGCGCCAUCGCCGCCGUAGCUUUAGCCAUCGAAUACCCUCCCGGAAUCAGCCCGGUCCUCUGCCCGAACUACCCCAACUGUGACAUGGAGCUCUUAGCCCGUUACACCCCCCUCACCCUCCCUGAGUACGAGAUCCCGUACGGACGGAUGGCGUACGCUGCCCCGUACCCCUACCCGUACCCUUACCCGUACCCUAUUGCUGCCCCUUUGCCGGCUGCCCCGGUCGUAGCUCCAGUUGCUGAGCCCGCCGCCAUGCCCUCCGCUCCACUGUACCCCGCCGACGUUGACCCCGCGUCGUGCCCCAACUAUCCGUACUGCGCUUAAUUAUACUGUGACAUUGUAGCGUUAACAUAACCUCCAGUGUGUGGUUGUGUGGUCAGCAAAAAUAAAUGUUCACUUCAUACAGAUGAAAUUUUAAUUUUUCUAUUUUUACAAU